AUGAAGGAACAACCGCCCCAGGUCCGGGGGAGGAGGGACCUCCCAUCGCGUGAAGAGGAAGCACGUGAGCUGGGCGAACAUGUGUUCGAGGAAGAGGAAGAGAAAAUAAUUCCGGUUCCUGAGGAUGAAAGGAGAUGCAUCGACGCAAAGAUGUACCUUAUGACGUCAUCAACAGACACCGGGGACAAUCUGUACGACCACUUGAGCAGUCUCCUGGGGGAUAUCCUGUACGACCAGCCUACUGACGCGUUUGAGAGUUUGGAAGAGAGGAGCAUUGACCGGAAGAGAGAAGCUCUUUACUAUGACUCCUCAACUCUCCUCGACAAACCCGCGACGUCACAGGAACAGUAUCUCGCGCACUCACAGUGGAGAAUAUUUAAGAAUGCCGGGGAAGAUACCGAGGAGUACAAAAGUUCGAUUCGUUCGGAACACGCUGACCCAUCUGAAAAUGACAAAUUCAUAAUUCUACCAAAUCUUCUACGGCAAGCAUAUUUCUUCGAACAAUCCGGAUUCGGGCUUCCCAGAGAGGAAAUUGUCAGAGUGUCCAUUGCCAUGCGCGAUAUCAUAGAGCAAUGGCAGAUCGAGAGCAUCCGGUUCUGGGGAAAGAUCUUUGGGAUACAUCAGAAUUACUAUGUGGUGGAGACUGAGUUCCAGGAAGGGGACUACGAGAGUGACACUAGCGACCUGGGAUUGGAGGAGGACAGCGAAAUACCGGACGAGGGAACAACAGACAGCCUGUUUGACGAUCUAUCCACGUCCGAUGACAUCAAACCAACGUAUAAACCCAAACCAAAGAUUCCGUGUGAACCCUUAGGGACCGGUCUCAACAAGAAGGUCUACUUUGUGUGUUCCGAACCUGGAUUGCCAUGGGAGCGAUUGCCUCAUAUAACUCCGGCACAGGUGGUGGCAGCGCGGCAAAUCCGGCGGUACUUCACAGGCAACCUGGAUGAUCCGAUCAUAGCCUAUCCACCAUUCCCAGGAGUCGAAAGAAACUACCUGCGCGCACAGAUUGCUCGGAUAGGUGCGGCAACAAGCGUGUCUCCUAUUGGUUAUUUCCGAUUUGACGACCAAGAGGAAGAGGAGGAGGCGGAGGAGGCGGCGGCUGGGCGUAGUUCGUGUGUGAUUGACACAGAGUAUGAUGGACUGCCUCUCCGGGAACUAGUAGACCCUACCCUACAGUCAUGGUGCCACCACGUACAGUCUAUAUUACCACAGGGACGGAACACGUGGUACAACUCUGUACUGGCCCGUGUAGAGGGGGAGAUGGAGGAGAGCGAGGUAGAAGACAGAGAGGAACCGGACGAACCGACACCGGAAGUUGGUCCGCCAUUGUUGUCACCGUUAUCGGAAGAUCAGAAUAUAGGCGACAGUCCGGCAUGGGUUGUCCGUCAUUCCUCCAAGCUGGUACCCGAGUACUCUAUUGCCAUGCUGCAGUCCAACACUUGGCCGGGGGCUGUCACGUUCGGAGCCGAUAGGGGCAGAUAUUUUGAGACGUUAUACGUGGGAUGGGGAUUAAAAAAGCUUUCAGCUGAGUAUGAUCCUACCAUUCCAUCCGAUGCAAUGACAGAAUUCCCUAGCGGACCGGAAGUGACGGAGGCAGACGAUCCUACACCGGAAGAGGAAGCAGCGUUCAGGGCAGCGUUACAGGAGAAGGAGAUGGACGAUGAGGUGGGCGGUGACGAGGAGGGGGAGGAUGACGACGACUGAACGAAAAAUCUGAGGAAGGGGGAUAAUCGGUUGUGUCAGUGGACAAUUGCUAAAAUAUUAUUGAACAUGUGUCCGUUCUAAUCGUGUUCAUAAAGGUACUCAAAUGUAUUUAACUU